UGUUUUGUGUUUAGCAGGAUGUUGUAACAGCACUGAGGGGAAUUGGCGCUAUAACUGCACUCUGCACUGCAGUGCACUGUACAGUGGGAGACGGCCUCACAGUAAGCUCUUAAACGUGGAGGGUCCAUGCUCAUCAGAUCUGACUUGUUUUUAUUUUAUUUGGCGUGGAUAACGAUGGCCCAGGUCCUGGCACAUGAGGAAAAGGAAAAGGAGAAGACUGCUGCACUAAAAGAUAUGUUAUCCAAGAUAGACCUAGAUGAGCUGAUGAAGAAAGAGGAACCACCACUCAUAUUCCCCAAAACACUGGAGGAUUUUGGAUAUGCUUUUAAUGAAAAUGGUCAGCUUCGACACAUGGAAACUGGAGAGCUGUUUGUCUUCAAUUAUAAGCAGGAUAUGCACAGGUGGAACCAAAAAAGAUACGAAGCACUGGGAGAGAUCAUCACGCAGUAUGUUUAUGAGCUCCUGGAGAAAGACUGCAAGCUAAAGAAAGUGAUUCUCCCGGUGGAUGCGACGGAUGACGAACCAACAAGCCUUAUCUACAUGAGCGAGGAUGCACUGACGAACACAGACAAGCUGCUGGUGCUGAUCCAGGGCAGCGGUGUAGUACGAGCAGGCCAGUGGGCCCGACGUCUCAUCAUCAAUGAGGAUUUAAACAGCGGCACACAGAUCCCUUUCAUCACCAAAGCUAUGAAGGAGGGCUUUGGCGUGAUCGUACUGAACCCCAACGAGAACACGCUGGAGAUUGAGGUGGAGAAGGCGGAGGAGGUUCAGGAACCGAUUCCAAACUCCUCCGACGAGCCGGCGGAGAAGCGGGAGCGGAAGGAGGAGCGGGUUGAGAAGAAAAAGAAGGACUAUGAGAAGUAUCGUAACGUGCAGAAGGAAAGAAAGACGGAGCGCGUCCUGAUCCGGGAGAACGGCUCACAUGAGGAUCACACGCUGUAUGUGUGGGACCACUUCAUUUCCAGAUCACUCGCCGAACACAUUUUUGUUGUUGCUCACAGCUAUGGAGGGCUCUCUUUCGUCGAGCUGAUGAUUGCCAGGAAAGACGAAGUGAUGCCACGUGUCCGUGCCGUGGCCAUGACGGAUUCAAUUCACAACGUGUGGCACCAAUUUGCCAGCAGGUCCAUCCGGGAGUGGCUCAAAGAGCACUGUCGCAACUGGGUGUCAAGCCCUGAGCCCCUGGACACACCGGUGAGCACAGUGCUUCCUGACUGCCUUCGUGUUUCAGCAGGCACUGAGAAGCAUGAGUUAACUUCAUGGAACAGCUUCAACUCUAUCUUCAGGUUCCUCACAGAAAGUCUUCAACAGAAUAUGGAGGUGGAUGAAGGCAUUGACAAGGACCAGUCCAAAAUGGAGAAGCAUGAGGAGAAGCAUGAGGAGAAGCAUGAGGAAAAGCACAAGGAAAAGGAUGAGGAAAAGCUUGAGGAGAUGCAUAAAGAGAAGCAUGAGGAAACAUAUCAGGAUAACCAUGAGGAGAAGCAUGAGGAGAAGCAUGAAGAGGUGGUGGCCAAACAUCGCCCAAGCUUUUCUGAGCGUGAGGAAUUAUAGAACAUCUGGAAACACUGCACUUCCGAUUUCUUUCUUGCUUUUUAAAUUUUAAACAGGUCGUUCUUAUUGAGGGGGUUUUAUCUGAUUGCUUGGAGUGCAGAGUCUGUAUGUAUAGAUCAGAAUAGCAGUUUGCAUUACUUUCAGAUAAAUGCAACUGUCAAAGCAAUAUUGCUGUACUUACCCAGCUUUUCCCUGGGUGGUUGUGUAAAUUUGAGGGCCAGAUUAAGGCUGACAGAAGAGUCUUCACACCACCUCAACAUGCUCCUUUAACUGUUUUGACAUUGCUCCAAACUGAGCAAAUACACAUGUUAACCACAAGCGCUUAUAGCUCACUUUUAGCCCUAAACACCUCUGCCAACAUUAUCUUUUUUUAUUCAGUUUUACCCACUUUUACCCUAACCUGGGUCAGAUAUGUAUUUGAAGUGCUUGAUUACUUUUUAUACUUCUGAACAAUCUAGCUUUAAUUUAGCAGCUGAGAACUGAAGGAUUUUGCGAAAAUUGGCGAUUCCAUUUGUGAAAGCAUGAGUUCAAUUUUGUUCAAGUGACUGUGGGAGUUUGAUGCUGUUGAUUAGGUUAGUCAUACUAGUACCCUAUAGAUAUGAGAACUUUUACAUAAUUUUAAACUGUCACAUUUACAUUUUAAUAAAGCUUACUUUUAACGGAAACGAGUAGUUUCAAGUUAACAGAAUCCUUCAGUGUUUUAGAAAUGGGUGUUUUAGUAGUAUCUAAAGAAUAAAAGGGGUUGCUUUAGAUGUUUGCACAAUGUGACCUGCCUGGUCAGAGCCUCUGCCUGUUAAGUCUCACAUUUUUGCACAUCACACUAUGUCCUCUGCUCUCAAGAAAACAUGUUAUGUCACUUUCUUAGUGUAAACAAAAGACAUUGUCAACAGGACAAUGUGGUAUUAGUCAAGACUUAAAGCUGCGUCGCUCAAACACAUCAACCUUUCAGCCUGCAUUAAUUUUUAAGAAAUUUCUCUAAUCUGGCAAGUCAUUAAAAAGUAGCAUCUGUGAGUAAAAAAAUAUUUGAAUAAUUUACCUAUUACUUUAAUAUGUUUUUGAUGUACUAAAUAUAUACAAUUAAAAACUUUUUGUGAUUGCUUUUACUGAGGAUUUCAAAUGUACAUUUUACUGCAGAUUUAAAGAUUCUAGGCACUUAAAGAUAUUACUUGUUGAUAGUGAGAGCUUGAAAAUUUACUGUUGGCUUAGAGCCAAACAGGAAACAAUACUCUUAUCUUCCUCUGUUUUAAUCAUAUAACAAAGCCAUAUGUAAAUUGAUCAGUGUUUAGAAGUGCAGCCUUUUACCAAAAUUUGAUAUGUAAAUAUAAAUCUAUUUUUAAACAAUUUCUACAAUUUCUACGUUUAUAUUGUGAAAACUGUUUAAUUUGAAUGCCUUUUGUUUAUCUGUUUAUUUUCUGGCUACUUUUACUCAUUUAAAUAAAAAUUAUGUUCCCUGGUUUAA